AUGGUCUCCUCCGUAUUUUGCGCAGCCGGUGUAGUGCUCUCACUUAUCGCCCACGUCGGAGCGUCCUCCAGCCACUCCCACUGCGAAGAAUAUGAUUACAUCGUCGUGGGCGGCGGCACCUCCGGCCUGGUCGUCGCGAACCGAUUGACAGAGAACCGAAGAACCACCGUCCUCGUCAUCGAGCGGGGAGGAUUCGCCAACGGCCCCCGCGCCAUCAUCCCCUACUGGGCCAACGACCUCGACACCAGCCUCAUGAUCCGCCCCACCUCCGCCCCCAACCCCCAGCUCCACAACCUCACCAUCCAGGUCGCCGUCCCCGCCGUCGUCGGCGGCGCCACCGUGAUCAACGGCAUGGCCUACAUGCGCGGCAGCCGCACCGACUACGACGCCUGGGAGGAGCUCGGCAACCCCGGCUGGGGAUGGCGCGGCCUGCUCCCCUACUUCCGCAAGAGCUCCACCUUUGCCCCGCCCUCGCCUCCCGCGGUGCAGGCGUGGAACAUGACGUGGGACCCGGCCGCCUUCGGCUCCGGCCCCGUCUACAGCACGAUUGCCGAUUUCCAGUGGCCCGAUCUCCAGCCGUUUUGGUCCUCCUGGCGCAGCGAACCCGGUAUUCCCCAGCCCGCGGAUCUCAACUCUGGGCACGGCCCGGGCGCGUACUGGGGCCCUUCGACGAUUGAUCGUCGCGAUAUGACGCGCACUACGGCGCGCAAGGCGUACUACGACCCGGUUUUUGCGCAGCGCCCGAAUCUGCGGCUCUUGACGGAGCACACGGCGACCCAAAUCGUGUUUCGCAACCUCCGUGCUACCGGCGUCAAGGUGCGGCGGAAUCAGGAGGAUGACGACGAUGCACGCACGUUUUGCGCGCGCAAGGAGGUGAUUCUCGCAGCUGGCGCCAUUCAGACGCCGCAUCUCUUACAAGUGAGUGGCGUUGGCCCGAAACAUGUGCUCCAAGCAGCCGGGAUUCCGGUAGUGAAGCACGUGCCCGGGGUUGGGGCCAACUUCCAGGACCACGCGACGGUCUUCAUGAUCUUUAACCUUGCCAACGCGUCGUUCCCCAACCCGGGUACAAUGGCUGCCAACGCAACGGCCCGUGGCGGCGGCGGGCUCGGGCAUGGUAUCGCUGCUGUCGCUGUCCCACGUCACAUCCUCAGCCGCAGCCAUCGUGAGCCGGCUCACCGCUCAGGAUCCCACGCAGUACCUGCCAAGUUCCCAGGCCUCCGGGUCAUUGCUCAAGGGUUUCAAGAAGCAGAGGUCGAUCCUGGCACGUCUCCUGUCCUCCAACAGCGCAUCCGUCUCGGCUCACCCGUUCCCGGGGGCGGCGUGUCUCCCGGCGUGAUGCUCAAGCCCCUCUCGCGAGGAACCGUCACGCUUGAUCCGGCCGACCCCCACGGGCUUCCCGUCGUGCAGUACAACACCUUUAUGAACCCCGUCGACGCGGAGAUUGCGGUUUCUGUGGUCAAGCGUGCUAGAGCAUUUUGGUCCAAGCCCGAUAUCGCCGUGCUGGGUCCCUCGGAGAUUUCGCCGGGAGCCCAGCAUCAGACUGACGAGGAGAUUUUGGCGGCCCUAAAGAAUGGAGCGUUGAUACCUAGCCUGGCCCACCCGAGCGGCUCAUGUUCAAUGAUGCCGGAGGACUUGGGAGGCUGCGUGGGGCCCGAUCUAAAGGUGCAUGGGCUCAAGGGUCUUUCCAUCAUUGAUGCUUCGGUGAUUCCCAUGAUUCCAGGUGCGCCGCUGCAGGCGACAGUGUACGCCAUUGCAGAAAAGGCCGCAGAUAUCAUCAAGUCGCGGGCUUAA